UUGAAUUUUAUAAUUUAAUUUCUGUAAAUUCGUCAUUUUAAAAAUGCAAGAAAGUACUGAAGCUGAGAAAGCUCCGAAUUCGACUGAAAUGGUAGACAAGAAGAAAGUCAUGAAAGAGCUGGUAACGAAGGUAUUCAACUGAUAUAUGGCUGAUACCUGAGACCAACCAGAAUGUGUUAAUAUCUUCUGUAAGGCCACAGUGUUAAGAGAAAAUCCUGAGAGUGAGCCUGGCAAUAAACAAAUUGCAUUCAAAACAGCUGUAAAGCUGGCUAAACACCUAUCUAGUGGGGAGUAUAUUCCUGAGGAAUGUCCACCCUUGCCCUUGUGGGGUGACAGACUUGAUGAAUUGCUUCAAGCAGACGAUGCCAGCUUCUUAUCUGAAGUUUCAAGAGUAUUUUGUAAUUUUGAUUCACUUGCUUCUUCGUUUUACCCUAUGCAGCAUGCUCAGAAUCGGUUCAGGCUUGAGGAGCAGACUAUGGAUAUCGACUUCAACAGACUCGACAAACUUUACGAAAGAAUUCUUAAGAUCUCUGAGGAAGAAACAGGUGUAUACGAAAAGAUUAUGGAAGAAUCCAUCAGCAAUAUUACCGACCAAUUUUCCAAAUUUGAUAGUCAAUCAAAACUUGGCAAAAGAUAUUCCAAUCAAUUAGUCAGAAUUUUAGCAGUUUUGCUCAGUCAAGAGGUGCUGUAUGAGCCUCAAUAUGGUGAAAUUAUCACAAAGAUCGCAGAUAUGUUUUACAACUUUGAGUCGAAACCCUUCUGGCGCCGAGAAAAUGCAAUGGAGCUGCUAAAGAACCUUCACAAGGAGAGAUUCCUUUUCUGCUUCAAAGUCAAUCAGCAGCAUUUAACUUUCACUCUCAUGAUGGAACCAGAUGAUGAUGACACUGAGGAACAGGAGAAGGUCAGGAACUUGUUCUUGAUCAUGGAUUUCUUCUACUAUGCUUCACGGAAGGUCAGGCUCGAUACCAUCAGCUUGAAAGAGUUUCAUAUUGACGUUAUUAACUCAGAAUGGAAAGACAGACUCAAAGAUUUCUACAUUGACUGGCAUAACUGCAUGAGAGGAAGAUUCCACAAUGACGGCGAUAUAGACUUUGAUUUGGAAGUCCAAGGCAUUGACAAGAGGACUUUCCAUAAAGUACUGUAUAUCGAAUUCCCUUGGUCCCUUGAUGCAGCUAAUAAAGCUAGACUGAUUAAUUACGAAGGCCAGAUUUCGAAAAAGAAGGAGCUCCAUAAUUCAUUGGAUCUGACCUCAAUCUUAUUGGGUGGCCUAAACCCAUACCUUACAAUAGAGGUUAGGAGAGAUAGCUUAAUAGAAGAUUCUCUCAAUUCAUUGGUCAGUUCAGGUACAGUCCUUAAAAAGCCAUUAAAAGUGAAGUUUGCAGGAGAGCCAGGCGUCGACGAAGGAGGAGUUCAAAAAGAAUUCUUCCAGUUACUCGUUAAACAACUAUUUGACGUUGGAUACGGCAUGUUUGAAUACAACACAGAGUCACAGCUAUUCUGGAUCAGUAGGAACUCCUUCGAGCUUCCUCUGAAGUUCGAGCUUAUGGGUAUCAUCCUUGGCUUGGCUAUUUACAACAACCAUAUUUUGGACAUCCAUUUGCCAUUAGCGUUCUAUAAGAAAUUGUUAGGAAGGAGGGUGAACCUAGAUGAUUUCGAGCAAUAUGACCCACAAGUCGGGAAAUCUCUCAGAUCUAUCCUCAACUACGACAAGGAGGACUUCGAGGAAGCCAUGUGCCUCAACUUCACAGUGAACUACGAGUCUUUUGGCGAGAAGCUUACUGAAGACCUUAUCGAGAAUGGCUCAGAAAUUAAUGUUACUUUAGAAAAUAAAGAAGACUAUAUUGACAGAUACAUUGACUUUUUGAUGAACCAAUCUGUUGAGAAAUACUUCAAAAGCUUCAAACAUGGCUUUGAUAAGUGAUGUGGUGGAGAAAUGCUCGACCGCAUCGAGCCAGAAGAUCUCGAAAUGAUUAUCUGUGGAUCGAAGGUUCUAGAUUUUUCUCAAUUAAAGCAAGCUACACAAUACCAUGACGGCUACGAUGAAAAUUCUGAUACUAUUAAGUAUUUCUGGGAGGUGCUCGAGCAAUUCACUGAGGAAGAAAAGAAAAAGUUUCUGUUUUUCACAACAGGGUGAGAUAAAGCUCCAAUAAAUGGGCUUGGAGAGCUCAGAUUAGUCAUCAUCAGACACGGAGAUAAUAACGAUCAUUUGCCAUCAGCACACACUUGAUUUAACCACUUGUUGCUCCCUGCUUAUACAUCAGCAGAGGUGUUGAAACAGAAAUUACUUAUAGCAAUUCAUAACGCAGAAGGAUUUGGAUUAAUGUAAUG